AUGGCGGCGGCAGCGCUACUGCUGCUGCUGGUGUCGCUGGCGACGGCGGCGGCGGCGCCGCCCACGAGCAACACAUCGGACACGAGGAGCGAGGAGAACUGGCGGAUGUUCAUGGAUUGGAAGGCCAUGAACGGCACGACCAACAGCUCCCUCGCCGAGGAGGAGCAGCGCGCGUACACCAUGUUCAAGCACAGGCUCGGCCUCAUCGACCGGCGGUGGCAUGACGAAGGCUACUCCGUCUUCUCCUGGGAGAGGGGGAGGAGCGAGGAGGACACGCGCAAGAUCUUCGUGGAAUGGAAGGUACGAGAAGGAGUUACCUACAGCUCCAUCGCCCACGAGGAGCACCGGUACACCAUAUUUAAGGAAGCCCUCCGCGACAUCGACCAGCACAACUCUGACUACGCCAUCGGGGUCUACAAUAACAACCGAUGCAUCGACCAGUUCAGCCAUCUCAUCCAAGAGGAGUACGAAGCCGUUUGCUGCGGGUACUCGGAGGUGAUGCCGUCCGAGGCCGAAUUACAGAGGGUGGGCGAGAUCCUGGAGCGCUUGUGGCAGGCACAUGGGACAGACCACAGUGCUUCUAUUUUCCAUGUUUGUGCCCAGGCCUCACCGAACUUGUAUUAUUCUGAAAGACUUGCAAAAAGCUUCCAGCACAUAUUCACGGGGACGAUAACAAUUGGAGACAUGGAGCAGAGCUAUUAUCUUGCAAGACAGUUAGUUGUUACCAUCUUGAGUUGUGAUAUCAGUAAUCAGAAAGCAGUUCCAACACUAGCACCUUAUCGUUUUAUCUAA